AUUAUAAGCCCGGGGAAAUCCGCGGCAGGACAAUUUAAUACAAGAUGUUGAUAUCAUAUUAGGCAACUUAAUUCUCAUAUUACGAUGGAAAAUUCACAUUUAAAUUCUAUUGAGGUGGAAAGUUCCAAAAUUGAACAGCUACGUAAUGAUUUAAGAAUAGCUAAUGUAGAUGACUCCAUUUUCUCAGAUAGACAUCUGGAAAAAUUCCUCAUAGCCAGGAAUAUAGAUGUCGAAAAGGCCGAACAUCGAAUUUUGGAACAUUUGAGAUUUAGGAGAAAAUGGGAAAUAGAAAAUAUUCUCUCAUGGGAAGUCCCGUUGGUUUUAAAGACCUAUGUUCCUGGAGGAUUUUCCGGAUGGUCGAAGGAUGGUUACGCUGUAUGGAUUGAUGUGCCAGGAAAAAUUGAUAUUAAAGGUCUUACAUUAAGCGCUAAAAAGUCGGAUAUGAUUAAAUAUCAGAUUUAUCGCUCUGAGAAAUUAUUCAGGGAAAUACAAAGCAGGGAUGCUCCAGAUCAAAUUAUACUUGUUAACGAUUUAUCAGACUUCACUCUUAAGUUACUAUUCACGCCUGGAAUGGAUAUCCUUCUUCAUAUUUUGGCAAUUUUAGAAGAUAACUAUCCAGAAGCUUUACAUAUUUGCUACGUAAUAAACGCUCCCAAGAUAUUUCCUUUAAUAUUUGAUGCCGUGAAGCCUUUAUUAACAAAUAGAACCAAAAAUAAAAUUAAAAUUCUGGGUAAGGAUUGGAAAGAGGAGCUCGUCGAUAAAAUUGGUGAAGAAGCUCUACCCCAGAAUUGGGGCGGUAGUCUAACUGAUCAAGACGGUGAUCCUUACUGCAGAUCAAGAAUUUCUCUUGGGGGAUCCAUUCCAACAUCCUUUUACCUCAAGGACUCUAUCAGCUUCGAUUCCUCUUCAUUUACUAAGGUAAAUAUACCCCGUGGACAAAUAAUGGAGGUUACAAAAAAAGUAGAAAAACGCAGCUCCAUUCUAAGUUGGGCGUUUCAAACUGACAGCAAAGAUAUUCGUUAUGGCCUUUUCUAUAAACCUGACAGACCAGAAACAGAAACAGGAAAUCGUAAAGAAACAUCACUCAUUGCAUUUAUGAGGGUUAACUCUCACUUAGUGCCUGAAGAUGGCGUCUAUACUUGCAAGUUGCCAGGAUUCUACACUCUUCGUUUUGAUAAUACAUACAGCUGGAUAAAUAGCAAAUCUCUUUUCUAUUCUUUUCAAGUAAAAGAACCCGAAGGUAGUUUUGAUUUUGAUGAAAAUGAUAUGGGAUAUUGA